AGAAAAUCGAGUCAGCUAUUGGGAGUAUUAGUUUUUGGAUAAAAGGCCAUGGCGCCUCUUCUUGUUGCUGGGAUUGAUUUUGGAACAACGUACUCCGGAUGGUCUUUCUCAUUUAAACACGAGUUUGAACUCGACCCAACAAAAGUCGCAACAAAACGUUGGUAUGGAGACCAGCUUGUUUCAAUGAAAGCCCCCACAUGUGUCCUGAUCGAACCAGAUGGGGAAACUUUCUCGGCGUUCGGCUUUGACGCUGAAACCAAGUACACACAUCUAGUGGAAGCAGAGGAACAUGACAAAUGGUACUUCUUCAAGCGAUUCAAGAUGCAAUUGUACAAUAAGGACAUUAAAAGAGACAUGAAAAUUGAAGACGAAACUGGAAAGAAGUUGAAUGCACAGCUUGUGUUUUCGAGUUCUAUAAGAUUUCUCAAAGACGACGUCUUAAAGGUAAUUGGUGACCGUAUAGAGGGAGUAAUAACCUCCGAGGAGAUCAGUUGGGUGUUGACAGUUCCCGCUAUUUGGGAUGUCGGUGCCAAGCAGUUUAUGAGAGAAGCAGCCGAUAUGGCAGGCAUUUCUUCUGACAAGCUGAUACUAGCUUUGGAGCCAGAAGCUGCAGCCAUUUACUGUCGACAUAUACCUGCGAAAAAAGGAGAAGAGGGUUCACUGUCUACCUUCAAAACAGGCAGCAAAUUCCUUGUUGUUGAUGCAGGAGGCGGCACGGUUGAUAUUGCUGUACAAGAGGUUACAGAUAACGGUUCUAUGAAGAACAUCUACAAGGCCAGCGGUGGAGAUUGGGGUGGGACCAAGGUGGACGAGGCUUAUGUGAAGUUUUUAGAAAGAAUCUUAGGAAUGGACUCCAUUGACGAAUUUAAACGAUCCAACAUGGAAGAUUACAUGCUCAUGAUUCGCGACUUCGAAAUAAAAAAGCGAGAAGUCGAUCCACAGAAAAGUGAUAAACCAGUGGUAGCAAUAAAAGCCGACAAAUUGAAAGUCGAUAUGGAUGUAGUAAGGAACAUUUUCAAGAUACAAAUUGAAGCUAUAGUUGACCACGUUUCCAAUCUGCUUGACCAGUCGACCAUAGUUGAAAUAGGAGCAAUUGUUUUAGUUGGAGGAUUUAACGAUUGUCCAUUGCUCCAGCAAAGUUUCAAGUCAAAGUUUGACGACCACACAAUCAUCGUCCCAAAUGAUGCAGACCUCGCAGUCUUUAAGGGGGCAGUGAUAUUUGGACACAAACCAGAGCUGAUUUCCCAGCGAGUGAGCAUAUACACGAAUGGGAUAGAGAUAAGGGUGCCUUUUAUUGAACAUGUUCACAAAGAAUCUUAUAAAAUAAAAGACGAAGACGGAAAAGUCCGCUGA